AGUUUUAUUUUGAAGGCCAGGUCUUGCACUUGUACCGUAAUGUCUUGAAAACACACGGGCUCUUGCUUUUGUGGUGGCUAACCGCAGGUCUUAACUUCAAGCAUUUAAGAGUUUUCCCAAAAUAAUAAUAAUAAAGAUGGACAUCGCCACGGUAAAUGAGCUUCCUUACGAGGAUUUUGUGAAUAUUUUUGGCAAUGUGGUGGAGAAAUGUCCAAUUAUAACAGCUGCGGUGUGGUCUAGGCGUCCCUUUGGUAGCUUAAAUGCUUUGGAGGCUGCAAUCAGUGAGUUCAUCGAUGCCCUCCCAGAAUCAGGUAAAGAGGGGAUCCUCAGGUGUCUCCCGGACCUCGCGGGGAGGGACCUCCAGAACGGCACCUUGACACGGGAGUCGCGCGAGGAGCAGGCGCGAGCCGGAAUGGAUGCCCUCAGCUCGGAGGAAGCCUCGCGCAUGGCUCGGCUCAAUGAGGAAUACAAGGAGCGCUUCGGAUUCCCGUUUGUCAUCUGCGCCCGGAUGAACGACAAAGAGAACAUCUUACGGCAGCUCACCGAGCGAUGCAGGAGCGAGCGCCAGGUGGAGAGAGCGCGAGGAGUGGAGGAGGUGAAGAAGAUAUGCCGCUUGCGACUCCAAGCUCUGGUGCUCAGCGACGCUCCCAACAAGUUAUGAGAUGAUGUUGGAUGUACAGACCAUUACCAUUGUUGUCGGGCUGAAAUGCAUAUAUUCUUUAUUCCAAAUUUAUUAUGAGAGUUACUCAUCUAUUAAACUUUAUAAUGAAUUCUUCAAACACUAAAACAGCAUUGAUUCUACUUUGACCAUUUACAUGCGAGGUGUACCGAGACUCUCAUACGUUUCAGUUUGGGGCAGCUCGUUGUGCUUCAUUUAGACACCUUUGUCUCCCCUCUAGUGGUAGCGAACGGUCAAUACACUAGUCGGUGUAGAAAUAAAACAUGAUGGCAGGAAUUUCGCGGAUUCAUUCUACAGACAAUCUUGGGGGGG